CACUUUUAUUAAAAGGAUUCAGUAAAAUAUUUAGUCUCAUUACUUAUACUGUGGAGAAAUCAUUGUUUACUUAACAAGAUCACUAUUACUUUCCAGCCAGUAUUUAUAAAUUCAUAGUAGUGAUAUACGUGAAAAACGCUUAUAAUACGUAACUAUUGCCAUUUUGUUAAUUUCAUUUAAACAAGAGAUAGAUAUCAUUUCGCGCGGUUGUGUGGCGCGUGCGCAGUUCGAUUUCUUACCGCAACACCACAUAUCUAUAGAUAUAAAAUAAUGGGUGGUAAGUAUUCUGCUAUGGAUCCGAUGGAAGUUCCCGUUCCGGACAUAGAGAAAUUAUUACAACGUGAUAGUUAUUUGAAGCCCUAUGAACGUGAAAUUCGUCGCAGAUAUGGAUGCUUUAAAGACCUUUGGAAUCAAAUUGAAUCGUGGGAAGGCGGACUGGAGGACUUCACAAAAGGUUACAAUUACUUCGGACCACAAUACAACAAUGAUGGGUCCGUAACAUGGCGCGAAUGGGCUCCAGGGGCUCAUUCUAUACACCUUCAAGGAGAAUUUAAUGGAUGGAAUCCCAAGAGUCAUCCGUUUAAAAGAUUAGAAUACGGGAAAUGGGAGCUCCACAUCACCGCAAAUCCUGACGGUUCGUGCCCUUUAAAACACGACACGCGAGUUCAGCUUAUCGUCAAUGAUAAUUUGUACAGAGUGUCGCCAUGGGCCAGCUAUGUAAAGCCGUUCGAAGGUUUCACCUAUCAGCAGUUUAUUUAUAAACCAGACAGACCAUAUCAAUUUAAAAAUCCCAAAGUUCCUAGGCCGAAAUCACUUCGUAUUUAUGAAUCACACGUUGGCAUCGCCACACCUGAAGGCAGAGUUGGUACAUACAACGAAUUCAGGGAUAAUGUACUGCCUAGAAUAAAGAAUCAAGGAUAUAAUGCUAUACAGCUCAUGGCGAUUAUGGAACACGCAUAUUACGCCUCUUUUGGCUAUCAGGUUACCAGUUUCUUCGCAGCAAGCAGUCGCUAUGGUACACCGUGUGAACUCAAGCAGCUGAUCGACCGCGCCCACGAGUUGGGCCUGUAUGUACUACUGGAUGUUGUACACUCUCACGCCUCUAAGAACACGCUGGACGGGCUGAACGAGUUCGACGGCACCAACUCGUGCUACUUCCACGAUGGACCAAGGGGCACGCACUCACUGUGGGACAGCAGACUUUUCAACUAUUCUGAAACUGAGGUUUUAAGAUUCCUGCUAUCUAAUUUAAGAUGGUAUCAAGAAGAAUACCAGUUCGAUGGCUUUAGGUUUGAUGGCGUGACCUCGAUGCUGUACCACAGUCGUGGCAUCGGUGAAGGUUUCUCUGGCCAGUACGACGAAUAUUACGGCCUCAAUGUGGAUACUGAGGCACUUGUGUACCUCAUGCUAGCCAACGAAAUUACACACAAGAUUGAUAGCAGGGCCAUCACUAUUGCAGAGGACGUGUCAGGUAUGCCAGCAAUUUGCCGGCCAGUCGAUGAAGGUGGUAGCGGAUUUGACUACCGUCUAGGCAUGGCGAUUCCGGAUAUGUGGAUAAAGUUGCUAAAGGAGGAACGCGACGAAAACUGGCAGAUGGGCCAUAUCGUGCACACUCUCACCAAUCGCCGCUGGAUGGAAGGCACCGUCGCGUACGCUGAGAGCCAUGAUCAGGCCUUGGUAGGUGAUAAAACGAUCGCAUUCUGGCUUAUGGACGCUGCUAUGUACACCCACAUGAGCACGCUGAGCGAGUCCAGCGCCAUCGUCGAGCGCGGACUGGCGCUGCACUGCAUGAUCAGACUUAUUACUCACGCCCUUGGAGGCGAAGCGUAUCUCAAUUUCAUAGGCAAUGAAUUCGGCCAUCCAGAGUGGCUAGACUUCCCGCGCGCAGGUAACAAUUCAUCUUAUCACUACGCGCGCAGACAGUGGCACCUCGUGGAUGAUCAGCUUCUCAAAUAUAAGUACCUGAAUGAGUUCGAUAAGGACAUGAACAAUCUUGAAGAGAGAUACGGCUGGCUUAGCUCAGAUCCGGCAUACGUGUCAUGUAAACAUGAGGGCGACAAAGUGAUAGCGUUCGAACGCGCCGGCGUACUAUUCAUGUUUAACUUUCACCCAGACCAGAGUUUCACUGACUACAGGGUGGGCGUUAACGAGCCAGGAAACUACCGAGUUGUGCUGUGUUCAGACAGCACGAAAUAUGGUGGUUUUGGACGCGUGGAACCGAACGGUGGAAACCAUAUGACACAGGGUAUACCAUGGAAUAAUAGAAAUGAUUCAAUCCAGGUAUACAUUCCUUGCCGCACCGCAAUAAUAUAUGCACGACCAUAGUUUAUUAUAUUUACAUUUAUUAAAGCUUGUUACUUUUAUUAGAUAUAUAAUGUAAACCCAUUUAAUAGACUGUUAAAUAUAAAUAUUGUAAUAAUGGCUGUUAAAAUAUACAAAGACUAUCGGGUGUAAAAUAAAUCUAUGUGUUUAAUUAGAUUCAUACUUAGACAAUCAUUCUUUCGGGGAAAUUGUUUGAUUUUGGAUAUUUAUAACUAUUUUUGUUACAUCUCGUAUUUAAAUCUUAAACUUUAGGAGCUCAUAUACCUUAGGAGAUUACAAGUAAAAAAUUCCUAUUUUACAUACUUCAGUGAUUAUCUGACGUUUCCAAGGAUUAGUUUUUUAUUUUACAUCAAGUGUUGUUAUAAGAAGGUUGGUAAAUCAAAGACUUAAUUUUGUACAAAAUAUAUUUUCAGAAUUUUGUUAUAUACUUAAAUAAAAAAAAUUAUAAUCUAA